GCCAUGAGCUCUGCCUUGUGGAGCCAGGAGAAGCCCAGUGGGGGCUUCAGGGAGGACUGGCGCUUCUACAUGGUCAUGAAGGAAUGCGCUGUGGAGAAGCCUGCCCAGAAGACCCUGAGGAUUCCUCGUGGCAGCCUUGGCCAGGCCUGCCAGGAGCGCAACAGCCUGGGACGACCACUUCCGCCAUGUAAGGGCAAGAAAAGUCUCCGGAUCCUGGACCAGACCAACGUGGUACUGAGCCUGGAUGAGCGGGACGUCUUGGAGCUGGAUGAGAAGUUGGCUGAGCUGCUGUUCCCCAUUACCAACUGUGAGGAGCGAUACGCUCUGCUGUACGACACGUCACGGCUGGAGCGAGUCCGAGACAUCGACUGUGGUUCUAAAGUGCGAGUCCAGCUGCGCUCGGGGGAUAAACCUCUGCCUGGUGUAGUCCGCUUCAAAGGCUCCCUGCUCCCUGACCGAGCCCUGUCUGGAAUUUGGUUUGGAGUGGAGCUGCUGGAGGAAGGUCGGGGCCAGGGAUUCACGGAGGGCUCCUACCAGGGCCGCCAGCUUUUCCGCUGCGAGGAUGAGUGCGGUGUGUUUGUGGCCCUGGACAAGCUGGAGCUCUGGGAGGAUGACGACGACGAAUCUUUGGGCCAGCUGGAGGUGGAACACGUCAGGCUGGUGGAAGACGAUCAGGAUUAUCCUCCUCUAGAGAUCAACUCUCGGGUUGUCGUGCAGACCAGAGAGGGACCUGAGAGAGGCACCAUCAUUUUCUGUGACCUGCUGCCGGGCAAUGAGAGCCUGGGCUACUAUGUGGGGGUUGACAUGGACAAUCCAAUCGGGGGUUGGGAUGGUGUGUUUGAAGGGAAGCUGCUGUGUAAUUUUGCCAGUUUGGAGCACACUCGACUUGUUCCCAUCUGUGACGUAAUGCCAGAAUACUCCAUGCAGGACCAAAGGCUGCAAAAGCACAGUUUUGCCCCCAGAGGCGGCAGUAGCGACAAGUUGUCCUCUGGCCAAAGCAAACCAAAGAUCAAAGUUGGAGAAGACCCCGCCAAGUCUCUUACUGAGACGCCCCCCGAGUUCAACCAGUCCUCUCCACCUUCCAGAGCCACACCCACUUCUUCUCUGUCCAAUGACAACAAGUUCCACUCGCUGCCAUUCAGCCUGAACCGUAAGACGGUGCCCAAUGAGAACAUUAGCCAAGGGCCCAUCUCCCUCUCCGUCCAGUCUGUGAUGGGAGAGCAGCCCGACCCUCCAACGCCUGUUGCUCCCCCCUCUCCGCGACCUCAGACUCCUCCUCGUGGACAGCCCGGUCUGGAGGUGGGCUCACUGGUGGAGGUGAAGGAAAAUCCCCCCUUGUGUGGUGUAAUCCGCUGGGUGGGUCUUCCUCCUGGCCUGCUGGAACCUUUAGCUGGCCUGGAGCUGGAAGAAGAGUGUCCCGGUUGCACAGAUGGUACCUUUAAAGGUACACGGUACUUCACCUGCCAACCCAAAAAGGCCCUGUUUGUGAAGCUCAAGUGCUGCCGGCCUGACUCUCGGUUCCCCUCCCUGCACCAUUCCUCCAACCCCAUUGAGCGCUGCAACUCCAUCGCAUUUGGAGGGUACCUGAGUGAGGUUGUGCAUGAGAACACGCCACCACGGACAGAAAACGAUGGUCUGGAUGUCAUGGUGGGGAAAAAGAAAGGCAUUCAGGGUCACUAUAAUUCCUGCUACCUGGAUUCAACCCUUUUCUGUCUUUUCUCCUUCAGUUCUGUUCUGGACACCGUUCUGCUGAGGCCACGAUCGAAAACCGAUGUAGAGUAUUACAGGGAGACUCAGGAGCUGCUACGCACAGAAAUAGUCAACCCACUGCGCAUACAUGGGUACGUUUGUGCCACCAAAGUGAUGAAGCUCAGGAGGAUCCUUGAAAAAGUGGAAGCCGCCUCUGGGUUUACCUCUGAAGAAAAAGAUCCUGAGGAGUUUCUUAAUAUCCUCUUUCAUCACAUACUGAGAGUGGACCCGUUGCUCAAGCUAAGGUCAGCGGGUCAGAAGGUCCAGGACUGUUACUUUUACCAGAUCUUCAUGGACAAGAAGGAUAAGGUUGGGGUCCCGACCAUCCAGCAGCUUCUGGAAUGGUCUUUCAUUACCAGCGACCUCAAGUUUGCUGAGGCUCCCUCCUGUCUUAUCAUCCAGAUGCCCCGCUUUGGCAAAGACUUCAAAAUGUUCAACAAGAUUUUUCCCUCCUUGGAGUUAGACAUCACAGACCUCCUUGAAGACACUCCAAGGGAAUGUCGUAUCUGCGGAGGCCUGGCUCUGUACGAGUGCAGAGACUGUUACGAGGACGGGGAUAUCACGGCCGGAAAAAUUAAACAGUUCUGUGAAAAGUGCAACACACAGGUUCAUCUCCACCCGAAGAGGAAAACCCAUCGACACAGCAAACUGUCCGUCCCAAAGGAGCUCCAGGAAGGUAUGGGACGUCAAGGCUCUUUUCCCCGCCAGAGGAUGGAGCUGUUCGCUGUGCUCUGCAUAGAAACCAGUCACUAUGUGGCCUUCGUCAAGUACGGCAGCGCAGAUUCUGCCUGGCUCUUCUUCGACAGCAUGGCUGAUCGUGAUGGAGGGCAAAAUGGUUUCAACAUACCACAGGUGUCUCCCUGUCCAGAGGUGGAGGCCUACCUGAAAAUGACUCCAGAGGAGCUGCACACCCUAGACCCCAAAAGCAUCCAGGGACAGGCGAGACGCCUGCUCUGCGACGCUUAUAUGUGCAUGUAUCAGAGCCCAACCAUGAGCCUGUACAAGUAGAGCUCUCUGCCCAAACCCAGCUGCCUCUCCUCAGCUCCUCUGCAUCUCCAUCUCCACUCCCUGAGGACAGCAGAUUCCCUGAAAGACCAAACAUUUUAAAGUAUGAACUAACCGAAGAGGAGCUGUCUGCCAGCAGGGGUGCCGUCCUGAGUAAUCGUCUCCACCUCUCUCCUCAGUGCCAGCCUUGUUGUUUGGUGGUUAGAGAUGGAAGAGAAUGGGAGAAGCCUAUUUGCACUGUGUAAUAGUCAAAGUGUUGUGUUCUUCACGUAGUCCUAUGUAGCUUUCCUGUCUCACAGCUGAGCAUCGGCAGUGGUUAACGAAGCAAAGGUAGGCUUUAUGUUGAUUCACUCCCUGCUCAGGAAGGAAGAAGAUGAUGACGGAGCAGGAGGCCACGUUGCGUUAUGGUGGCUGGCAGAAUAUGUGCAGCAAAAACAAAACAAGCUCAUGGGAGGGCCUUGAUCACCUCGUUUACCUUAAGAAAAGAGGAGUCGUGCUAUUCUUAAUCACUGUAAAAGAU